GAUUAAUGCAAAAAUCAAGAGAGAAUAUGAUGAUAAUUGUUAAAAAAUAAAUUCAAAUUUAGGAUUUGACAUUGUGGCUGCACAUAAACAUGAAAUUAUGAAACAUAUCAUUCCACAUCAGAGCAGGGAGAGUUUCGUUUAUAAACAUAACACAAAAAAAAAUAAUAUGAAAAUGAAGCUCUAAUCAAAGGAGUCAAUCCAGAAUAAUUGAGUGAAUUGGAAAGAGCAAAAAGAUUGAUGAUUGGAACACUUA